CAACCAUCAGCCAACUGAUUCCCGCGUGCUCUGCUCUCAAACCCCCCCGCGCCUCGCUCGCCGCCUUGCGCGGGUCGACUCGCCCGCCGCCGCCGCCCCGAACCUCGGACCGAAACCCAUGGCCUCUGGCGGCCCGCAGCCGGACGUAGCCGUCGCCGUCCGCCCCGGCGGCAGCGGGAGCAGCCUCGCGGCGCGGUGGGUCGCCGCGGCCACACCGUGCGACGGCCGCGCCGCCACCAUCGCCGUCGUCCACGUCAUCCCGCCGCUCUCCUACGUCCCCUCCCCCACGGGGGAGCGGGUGCCGGUGGCGCUGGUGGGGCGGGAGGCGGCGAAGGCGUACGCGCGGGACCGGCGGGCGCGCGCGGAGGAGGCGCUGCUCCCGUUCCGCCGCCUAUGCGGCCGCGCGAACGUGACCGCGGAGGCGGUGGUGGUGGAACGCGACGGCGUGGCCGAGGCGCUCCUGCGCUACGCUCAGGACUCCGGCGUACGGAGCCUGGUGCUUGGCUCGGCGUCCUUCCGCUGGUUCCGGAGGGUGUUGAGCAUCCCAGAUGUUCCCAGUACUGUCCUUCAAGCUACGCAGAAUUCAUGCAAUGUAUUUGUUGUGUCCAAACGAAAAUUAAUUAUGAAACUCACAAGAUAUCCUCAGACGGGCGAGUCUAGCUCACACUUGAGGAUCGAGUCGAUUAGUCAUGAAGCAUUUGCACAAACACAUAGGACUUUGUUGUUUGACAACUUUACUGAUGAUGAGACAUAUUCAGAUUCAUUCUCCCAAGUCUACAGCUCUUAUAGUGCUUCUAACGCUGUUCCAAGUUCAGAAAGUUGCGAACAAGUCGUCUCAGGAAGUACUGGUGUAAAUGAAUCAGGAACAGAAGGAAAUAAAAGCUAUGAUGCUCUGAGCUCCCUGGGGGAAGCUCCUUAUUCUGCCUCGAACUCGAGCGAAGAGUGUCAAUCUAUAGAUGAAGUAGCAAAACUGAGGAAGGAGUUACGAGAAACCUUAGUCACGUAUGAUAAAGCCUGUGAAGAUCUGGUACAUGCUAAGAAAAAGAUUCAGGUACUCUCUACCGAGUGUUCUGAAGAAGCAAGGAAGGUGGAGCAUGCACUAGAGUGGGAGGAAGCUUUGAAGCAGGUAGUAGCAGAUGAGAAGGCAAAACAGCUGGAGGUCAUCAACCAAGUUGAGAAGGCUAAAAGAUCAUUCACCCGAGAGGCUUAUUCAAGGCACAAGGCAGAAAUGGCUGCUACCAUGAUCUCUGUGGAUAAGGCAGAGAUCGUGGACGCUAUUUUGUCAAAGAGCAAGAGAUGUAGGCGGUAUUCGAAAAAAGAUAUAGAGCUUGCCACUGAUAACUUCUCUGAAGAAAGGAAGAUUGGUGAGGGGGGUUAUGGGUAUGUGUACAGGUGCACCCUUGAUCACACUGAAGUAGCUGUCAAGGUCAUUCAGCAAGAUUCCAUUGACAAAACUGAUGAGUUCCUGAAGGAGGUUGAGAUUCUCAGCCGACUUCAGCAUCCCAACCUGGUUUUGUUGCUUGGUUUCUGUCCAGAAAUCGGCUGCCUCGUGUACGAAUACCUGAAGAAUGGAAGCCUAGAAGACCAGCUCUUCAACAACAAAGGACAACAACCAUUGCAUUGGUUCCUCCGGUUCCAUAUCAUCUUUGAAGUAUCUUGCGGCCUUGCUUUCUUGCAUUCAAGAAACCCAGAGCCCAUAGUCCACCGUGACCUGAAACCCGCAAACAUCUUAUUGGACAAGAACUACGUUGGUAAAAUCGGCGACGUCGGUUUCGCAAAGCUCAUAUCAGAUCUUGUGCCUGAUUGGCAAACGGAGUACAGAGAGACGAUCGUCGCCGGCACCCUGUAUUACAUGGACCCUGAGUACCAGCAGACCGGGACCGUUCGGCCGAAAUCGGACGUGUUUGCCCUCGGAGUCGUCAUCCUGCAGCUCCUGACUGGAAGGCGCCCAAAUGGGCUCAUUGUGAGCGCAGAAAACGCUAUAAGAAAUGGGAGGCUUCCUGAUAUUCUCGCCAAAUUUCAGACUGAUUGGCCAGCUGCUGAGGCAGAGAUGUUAACGAAGCUCGGGUUGAGAUGCACGGCCUUGAAAUGCAGGGAUAGGCCUGAUCUUGAAUCAGAGGUGCUGCCGAAGCUCGAUGAGAUUCUGCAUAGGAUUACUUCUGCUGUCACUUUGAGAAAUCCAAUGUUGAGUGUACCAAGCCACUUCAUCUGCCCUAUAACACAGGAGUUAAUGGAGGAUCCUCAUGUCGCUGCUGAUGGUCACACUUACGAGCACUACGCGAUCAGAGCUUGGCUCAAGAGGCACAAGACAUCGCCUGUUACGAGGUGCAAGCUUCCGCAUUCAUCCAUAAUCCCGAACCAUUCGUUGCGUGCCACGAUACAGCAGUGGAAGUCACAGUUAUCAGCUCAGGCAAAGGCAUGAAAUGGGCAUCAGGUUCAUUUCUGGUUUAAUUGUCAGUAUUCGUUAAAUUCUUCAAACCUGUAAAUAAGAACGAGGCAGCUUCUUCCUUUAUUUUUCGAGGAAUGAGAAGGGGUAGGUGUAAAGCAUAGAAACAUGGAGAGCAAGAUAGUAUUGAUAAAAUAGAUAACAU